AGACCAGCCCCUUCUCCUCAUCCAAUCUCACCUGAGUUUCUUCCUCAGAUUACUUCUUCUGCAGAAGUGGUAGUGGUGUUCUUCCAUCAUGGGGGCUCGGCUGGUUCCUCAUGUGCUUUCCGGUGCUUUCGUUUUGCUCUUGGCCGUCAGCUUCGGCGCGGAAGUUUCCAGGGCCGAGACGGCGCCGGUCGUGGUCGGCUCGGUCAGGUGCUUGGAUUGCUCCCCCAACGACGUCAACGCUGAAGAUGCCUUCAAAGAGCUUCAAGUAGCCAUCAAGUGCAAGUCCGGCGCCGGCGAGACCUACGAGACGCAGUCACUCACGCACCUCGACGGCACCGGCGCCUUCAAAAUCCCCCUCGCGGCCGGCCUCGUACGCGAAGACGGCGAGCUGGACCGUGACUGCUUCGCCCAGCUCCACAGCGCGCCCGACACGCCGUGCGCCGGCGCGGCGCCGCCCAAGAUCGCCCCAGCGGGCGGCCUCAACAGCGAAGACACCGCUAACACGUACCUUGCGGUCACCGACGACACGAUCUUGUCCCCCGUCGCGUGCGCCUGCGGCAAGAAGAAGAAGAAGCACUUCAUGCUCCGUGGGCCGCCGCCGCCGCCCAGGCCGGAGCCCUCGUACGGGCCCCCGACGCCCACGCCGACCCCGACGCCCGUGCCCACGCCCUCGUACGGCCCGCCGACGCCCAAGCCGCCGGUGGAGGAUGAGCCGGAGCCCUUCCACAAGAAGAUGAAGAAGAUGAUGCACAAGAAGAAGCCGUGCCCGCCGCUCGUCGCCGACGACAAGACUCAGCUGCCUAAGAAUUGAUCGGCCUGCUCCGACGCAUGCAACUCCUGCGGCGAGGAGGGGGCGGGAUCAGGCGUAAGGCAUUUGUGAAUCGAUCCAUCUGUUUGUGCUGUUAGUUGAUUGUGUGUGUUUUUAGUGCUUUGUUGUUUGGUUUAGUUCCUGCCGUUGUGCUGGCAUUGGUGUUUCAGUUCGCUGCUUUGUUUGUGAAAUAAAGAGUGCAUGUUCUAUGCAAUGGCAUUGUCGUGGACCUAUGCUGGUAAUCUAAUCAGACCUUUGCAUU